UGAAAAGUGCAGCUGCAGCAGUCAGUACGAUUCAGUCAGUCGAUCAUCCAAAGUGCAACCAUGUCAAAGAGCUCAAUCAUUUUAAUACUCAGCGCAUGUCUGCUGAUGCAAGCACAGGCCAUUCCACGUAUGCGACGUGAUGCCGGCGAGGUAGCAGUCGAAAGGAAGCAAACGAGUGCGGCUAAAGAUGAAGAUGCCUCCUCUUCCGAGAAGUUAGGCUUUACAAAAGGACGUCAAUCAUUGAUGACGACCACCCUUGUAGACUUAGUUGGAUUGGCCAAAUAUACGACGGAAAAUGGGCGUCCACUUUUCAAGAAGACACUCGCACAAUUGGAAGCGCUCCCAGAAAAGAGUCCCGCGCUUCAGGCGAAUAUUAGUCGUAUUUCCGAAUAUCUGAAAACUAACGACGCUACAAACACAGUCGAGGCUGAAGGCAUGCUGUCCCUGUUCGAAUCGAUGAUUACACUCACCGACAUAUUGCAGGAUGCCAACGACAUGCCAGCCGAUUUGGAUGAAACAAAAACGAUUCAACGGGCUUUUAUUGAUAACGGUUCGGAUAAGUUCGAGGAGGAUUUGUUGGCGGAACUAAAAGUGGUAUCUGGAAAAUUCGAAAAGGCAAUCCAAAGAUAUUUGGAUACCUUGAAUGAAGAGGACACGGCAAAGGAGUCCAAACUGAUUGAUUGGUUCACAAAAUUCAAGAACGAGAAGAAUGAUGAGAAGAAGGCAGAGCACUAUGCUAACUUUUUCGACUCAUUCAAACCAUAAUUUUAUGUUUGAUUAGAAAUUUUUCAAAAAUGUAAUGUGUUUCAAUAUGCUAGUAUUUUAAAUUAAAACUAAAUGCUCAAAACUUUAA